GGAGUGCGGAGGGGCGGUGUGAUGUGUGAUUCAUUUGUUGUGGAAGGAAAAGAGUGAGAUGAUGUUCAGUCGAAGUGAAGGGUGAAAUAUUUGACGUUGAAGUGUCCAAUACUCUACGAUUGUUGACGUUUCAAGGGGAACCGUUGGAGAUACGCAUUAAAAUCAACCUGGAUUUUUUUCAUUCACUCAUUUGAGAGCCUAACCAUGGAUAGCAGCCCGGGAUUUAUGUCAUACCACAACAGUGGACCUGGCAAUGGCAAGGACUUUAUGAAAUUAGCCCAAAGCAUAGGCACCAGUAUCCAAAAGAUAUCUCAAAAUGUCUCAUCGAUGAACAAGAUGGUUGAUCAGAUUGGCACUCACCAAGAUUCUCCUGAUCUUCGAACAAAAUUACAUCAGAUUCAGCAUUAUACAAAUCAAUUAGCGUCAGAUACCAAAACAAAGCUAAUUGAUCUGAGCAAUCUACAAGCUGCGCCAGGAACAUCUGAUGCAAGACAAUGGAAGAUGCAGAAAGAUCGCCUAACAGAGGAACUUAUGGCCACCCUAAGCUCAUUUCAAGCAACGCAACGUAGAGCUGUAGAAAAGGAGAAGGAUGAGGUGCAACGAGCACGAGCCAACAUGCGAUCAAGUGAUCCAUUUCGAGGUCCUCCAGGUAAACAUCAUGAACCGCUAAUUGAGUUGGACAAUGUUUCAUCUCGCUCAACUCCUUCACAGAAACAGACCCAACAAAUGUUGGCUCAAGAGCAACUCAACUUGCAGGAACUGGAAGACAAGGAAAGAGAUCUUCUUCAAUUAGAGGAGGAUAUUCAAGGUCUAAAUCAGAUCUUCAUUGAUCUUGGUAAACUUGUGCAUGACCAAGGUGUUGUGAUUGACAGUAUUGAAGCAAACGUUGAAUCCACAACUCACAGUGUGUCAGAGGGUUCAAGGCAGUUGCAGAAAGCUAGUGGUUACCAGACCAAAAUUCGGAAGAAAAAGUUCAUUUUAUUUACCUCUUUGGCAGUUAUACUGCUAAUUAUUAUUAUCAUAAUAGUAUGGCAGUCCAAUUAGUCUGAUAUUGACUGUUCGUAUAUUUUAUUUUUCAUCUAUAUUACUGAAAUUGUUAACUCAGAGAGGAUUUCUAUCUAGUGGUUUCUUUGUACUUUAUACAAAUCAUGCUAGUUCAGAUAAUUGUGCUUAAAACGGCUUACUUGGAGGCUUCAAUAUAAAGUGUGACUUACUGGGGGGAGGAAGGAGAGAUUCUUUUUAUCCUCACUUCAACUAACUUGCAUCCAUCCCAUUCUUUCAAUACAGGUGUAAUGUUAUGUUACAGGAGUACAUAGUAUUAUUGCAAAUUGUGUUUGUUUGAUUUAAAUUAUAUAUUUGCCUUCCAUUUAUAUGUGAUUUAAAUUUUUUUGUUGUUGCUUUACAUUACGCACUUGUUUGUUAUUUGUUUGAGUUAAGGGGAUGAAAAAAGGGGGGCGGGGGGUUCAAGCAGACAGAAGUAGGCCGAGCUCUCUAUGGUUACAAUCAGACUCAACAAACUAUUACUAGCUUUAAUUGUUAUGCCAUCAGUGCUUUUUUUUUCUUUCUUUUUUUUUAUAGAACAACCAAACAAAUUAUUGUGUUUGGUUUCUUAUGGAAUGAUGUAAAUAUGUUAUGAAUUGGAAAUGAAACAAAUGUUGACAUCCACAUUUUGUAUAUUUACUAAAGUAGAGAAAAGUGAUGUACUGGCUUUGGCACCGGACUGUUCAGUUUUAGUUUAUUCCAAGCAUCUAGAUCCUUAUCAUUAAUCAUAGUUCAUUUUAUUCACAGUGCCACUUACAGUAUAAUUAAUGAGUUUAAAAUUUCUCCACCAUUCCAACAUGAAGUUGCAUUCCUGUGUGUUUGUUUUAGUAGCAUCACAUUACUUUUAACAGUUGUGAUCUUUUAAAAUGAGUCGGCAGUCAUCUCUGUACUGAAUAGCAAGAGGAUUCUUGCCAGUAUGCUUGCUGUAUUAAACUAUAUUGUCCUCACAGUACUGCUUCAUUUUGUUCUUUUAAGGGCGUUGUACGCCAGUAAACAGCUGGUUUUAAAAAUUUUAUUGUUGUUUUUACAUCCUUUUUUUUUACGACAUAAUGCCAUUUCAACUACCGCAUCAGAGAUACAAGAGCCUUGAUUCAGCAACUGUUCUCUGACAUUGGGUCAACUGGUAUGUUUAUUGGUUCUUUAAAUGAUGAAUUUCCAGGUUUAAAAGAGCUAGCCUAUUCUUAAUAGAAGCAAGCGCAGUGUGCUAAUUGCAUUUGAUACAUUAGUUUAGAGAAAUGCACCUUAUACUAAUCUUGAUUUGAUAUCACAAUUUAAUUUGACUUCUAUUCCAUUGCAAUUGUUUUCAUAUGAGAAUUGUUGGCUUGUUGUGUCCAGAAUUUUAACCUUUAAAGUGUUCCCUUACAAUCUUGAAAUGUGAAAAAAAGAGAGCUUUUGUAUGAUAUUUACAAAAAUGCAUUACAGUUAAUGUCAACACCUGACAGUAAUAAUAGCAAUACUGGUCCUGUUUUUUUUGUACUCGAAACAGUUAAACAAAGGGAAGACUUGCAUUUGCCUGAACAAUUUAUGAAAUCUAUUGUCAAUUCCUUGAAAGCCUUAGUUCCAAAUGGAUGUGCAGGCACUUAUUUCUGUAUUUCUUUGUCUGUUCCAUGGGUAGCAUCAUGCUUACCCGUACUUUUGCCUAACAAUUAAUGGCACCCCUGAUAAAUGUCUCCCACAGCUCAUUAUUCUGCCCAGUACACAAUGUAAUAAGUGUGGUGAUGCAAAAUGGGGUAUCUAGAAUUGUGAUUUGAAUGUGCUAUGCAGGCUGUAAUGACCAUUACAGGUAUUUCAAGCUGUAGUUUGGGAUUCACUGUUUGUUCUAUAUCCUGCCUGAACUCAGUAAAAUACCUCAAAGCUGGGUCUACCUCUCUGUCAACCAGACAUGCUAUGCAACAUGUUCUAUUUUCGUAUUACUAAAGAUUGG